UCUUGUGGUAUUUUCACUUUUGUAUUUUUGUACUUUAAAGGUUUCAGGAAUAAAGGAACUGACAGUUAAGCAUGUCGCAUUUCGGAAAGGUAUACAUAAACUUUAUGCUUCUGAUGUUCGUGCCAUCUGCAACAGCGAGGACACGCAGAUAUUCUAAAUUUGAUGUAUCAAAUGUUAGGUAUAUGGAUAUUCUUCAGCUUCAUUUGAGCACUCCCAGGGUACAGUGUGUUGCAUUGUGUGAUGGAACGGAAGGGUGUUCGUCCGUCAAUCAUAACUCGGAUACGGACAGGUGUGAACUUGCCGCCCACAUUCCUAGAGUCCUGGCUCCAACAACAGUAACUGAAACCAACUGGAUGAUCUAUUAUCACGAUCCCCUUAUUCGUGGUGUUAAUGCAUGGCAAAAUUCGACAUAUGUUGACGGUCAUCAAGUUUUUCUGACAGCAGACUUGGCCAUCGAUGGUAACUACGCAAACAUCCCCGCGGCUCAUGGCUUACCCUGCGCUCAUACCGAUAACCCCUACUCUUACUGGGCGAUGGAAUUUGAGCGUUUUGCAGAAGUGUCUUACGCCAAUAUUUAUUUCAGAAGCGAUUCAUUAAAUAACAGAAACUCAAACAUACGUCUGUUGAUAUCGACAACAAGAUUUGAUUCUGACAACAACCUCGGCACAGACUGCGCCACCUACGUUGGGCCUCCACAACAGCCUGCAUUACCGGUCAAGAUCACAUGCACUCGACCUCAAAACAUCAGUAAAACUAACGAUGAUAAUGACGAUGUAAUGACAGAUGAUGAUGAUGAUGAUGCUGAUGAUGAUGAUUGUGGUGAUGAUAUUGAUAACAGUGGUGAUAAUGAAAGUGAUGAUUGUGAUGAUGAUGUUAAUGAUGAUUUCGAUGGUAAUGAUAACGAUGAUUAUCUGGUGUUGUUUGGUGAUGCUGGUGAUAGUAAUGGUGGUGAUAAAAAUGCAGAUGAUGAUUAUUGUUGUGGUUGUGAUGAUGGUGGUGGCGGUGGUUGUGGUGAUGAUGAUGGUGAUGAUGAUGAUUAG